AUGGUGAAUUCCAAAAAAAGUAUUUUAGAACGAUAUCGUACAUUAUUAGAAAGUAAUCUUAUUCUAACCGAUGAUUUACUCAAUUGGUUGAGAGAAAAACGAGUUUUUCCUGAUUUUGUCUUCGACGAUAUUAAAGCUUUAUCAGCGCCGAAAGAACGAAAUAAGAAGUUUUUAACUGUUAUUAUUGAUAAUGGCGACGCAGCUUUUACGAAACUCUCUGAAGGACUAAUUGCAAAUGGUCAACCUUUUCUGGGUGAACUUCUUGAAAGUGAAGAUAAAAAAGCAUCGGAACAUACGGCCGAUGCAUCGGAACGUGUAAUUAUUGACGAUGAAACUCUUAAGAGAUGUCCAGGUGUAGAUAAAAUGCGUGCGGAUGCAAGGGAUAAACUUAAAACAUAUCUUCAAGAACUUGUAUUAAAAGCUCAUUUAGGUGACACUUGGAAAACUCAAAAUCAAAAUAAAUCAGUUGAAGUUAUUAAUCUGAAAAGGCAACAUUACGAAACUCAACAUAAAUUAAAUGAAACAUUAGAAGAAGAAAAACGUAUUAUUAUCACAUUAAAAGAAUCUCUUCAAAUUGAACAAAUUGCUCGACAGCAAAAAGAAGAAGAAAUGCAACAACUUCGUGGCGAAGUUACUCGACUUAAAUCAGAUUUUGAACAAAGAUGGUCCAGUCAGAUUAAAAUGGUUGAUGCAAAUAAUCGAAGUGUAUUUCGAAUGCAUGAUAAAAUGGUUAUGCUUACUGAUUGGCUUCGUUCUUUGGAUAAAAUGUUAAAAUCAAAUAUAUUACAAAGCGGCAUCGAAUCAGAUUCGAUGGAUCAAUUACAAAAUAAACUAAAACGAUAUUCAACAGAAAUUGAAUCUCUUCGUGGCAAAGGAAUUGGCACAGAUAAACUGAAAGAAGAGUUAUACGAAGCAAUCUAUACAAGUCGUUUUCUGCCCAUAGAAGACCGUAAAAAUAAGCCGUUUCACGGACUUUUGCUGCAUCUUUAUGGAAACAAUCAAGUAGCCGAAUUGGCAACUAUUUGUACAAAAGAUGUUUUACAAUCCAAACAAGAACGUGAUAAUGCUUAUGAAAUCAAAUGGCGCGAUGAAAAAAUCGAUGGACUUACGCAAACUACGAAAGAGUUGAAUGAAGAAAUUGAACGUUUGAAAGCAGCACUCGCUGAACAAUCUGUCAAAACUACGAAACCUCAAUGGCGUCCAGUGCCUGCAACGGUUCCGGUUACACAACGUGAAAAUAAUAAACCACGUACAACAUUAAAACCAUCGAAUGUUCAAUUCGGAACGAAGCCUGGAGGAGCGAGCUGA